AUGGACAACCAAAUCAGCAAAACUAUUCUCUCAUCUCCGAACAAAGCUUUCUCCAUCAGUCAACACUCAACACCUCAAGCUCAAGAUCACUCCAAAAUUUCCCCAAAAUUUCCAGCAAUAUUUUUGAGCUCCAUCACUAUCAUAUUUUAGUAUUAUUACAACAAUUUACAAUUAUAAACUAAUUUUUUUUUUUUUAAAAAAAUGGCUCUGUAUUUAUCCCCAUUUCACUUCACCUCUCUUUCUUGUAAGCCUGAUUAUGCCUCACCCUCUAAAUUUUCCGGCGCCACCGUAUUUUCCCGACGAGAUACUCCCGGAACUCUUGAUUCUUUUCUGUCAAUUGAUUCCGGUCGCCGUUGUAUCUUGAAAGCUAGAGCACAACCUGGUAGUAAUGGGUCAAUUGAAGCAAGUGAGUCACCCCUAGUGGUUUGCUUUGGUGAAAUGCUUAUUGAUUUCGUGCCCACAACAAGUGGGGUUUCCUUGGCUGAAGCACCUGCGUUUAAGAAGGCUCCUGGCGGUGCCCCUGCAAAUGUUGCUGUUGGAAUAGCUCGUCUUGGAGGCUCAUCAGCUUUCAUUGGCAAGGUUGGUGAAGAUGAGUUUGGCUACAUGCUUGCUGAAAUUCUGAAGGAGAAUAAUGUGAACAAAGAAGGAAUGCGAUUUGAUCCUGGCGCCCGAACUGCUUUAGCAUUCGUGACGUUAAGGAAAGACGGGGAACGUGAAUUCAUGUUUUAUCGUAAUCCUAGUGCUGACAUGCUGCUUCAGGAAUCCGAGCUCGAUUUUGAGCUCAUUAGGAAGGCAAAAAUAUUUCAUUAUGGUUCAAUAAGCUUAAUUACUGAACCAUGCAAGUCAGCUCACAUUGCUGCUGCUAAUGCUGCAAGAGAUGCUGGUGUGUUGCUUUCAUAUGAUCCCAACCUAAGGCUCCCAUUAUGGCCAUCCGCAGAGAGUGCGCGUGAAGGAAUCCUCAGCAUUUGGGACACUGCCGACAUUAUCAAGAUAAGCGAAGACGAAAUUUCCUUUUUGACUCAAGGAGAGGAUCCCUAUGAUGAUAAUGUGGUACGUAAACUAUACCAUCAAAACCUGAAAUUGCUGCUUGUGACCGAGGGAGCAGAUGGUUGCAGGUAUUAUACCAAGGAUUUCAGUGGUAGAAUUGAGGGGAUGAAGGUAGAUGCUGUAGACACAACAGGUGCGGGUGAUGCCUUUGUAGCUGGAAUGCUAUCCCAAAUAGCUGCUGAUACUAACUUGAUUCAGGUGGAAGAUCGCUUAAGAGAGUCUCUCCGGUUUGCCAACGCCUGUGGUGCAUUGACUGUUACAGAGCGAGGUGCGAUUCCCGCUUUGCCAACUAGAGAAGCAGUGCUGAAUGCAAUGCUCAAGUCUGUGGCUUAAGUUGUUGUGGAAUCCAUGUAAUUUUUGUACUAUUAUUCCCCCAUUAUUUUAGCCAUAGUGAAUAGUGAUGAUCAAUAAUGGUAUUUCUCGUGUAUUGUAUAUUAAUGUCUAGUAUUUUGUAUUGUUUGAGUUCUGCAGUUUUGUUUGCUUACCCCUUACUGGGUUCUGAACUUGUGAUGCUUCAGUAUGAAUAAGAGAAUUGUGCUACUUUAAUUAGCACAAUUAACCUUAUUUGAUGCCAUUUUUAUUCCUCGGUUCA